UAUUUUUGGAAUAUUUUUUGAGGGCCUCCUCAACCCUCGGCCUCUUCCCUUUCUCUUGCCUUGAUUUUUCGAUAUAUAAAACAAAAGUCAGUCAACUCAUUUUUUUUCAUCAAAUCCCUAUCGAGCCAUACAUUGAAAUGUUUAUAAGCACAUUUUUCACUGAAAUAUGAGGUGACACUUUUCUGUAUACCCAAAUUAGUUGUCAGAUCUGAAAUGAAAAGUGGCCCAAAUUCAAAUUUUUUUAUUUCUUUUUUUUAGGAUUAUACAAUCACCCAUCUUUCUCCUAAAUUCCCCCCAGUUGGCUGAAUCUGCUGAUAAAUUGAUGCAAAAAUGUGUUGAAGUGUUGACACUUAUUGGUCGAUGUUGGUCUAAACAAUGGACAAAUAGUUUACACAGCAAAUUGUCUCGAAAAUAUGGACUUUCUGGAUUUAUUUUUGGUGAGAUAAUGUUUGUUUUUCCUGUCUGGAGUUCUUUAACCGCCUUCUAAUAUAGCCCAACAGCCCUCGAAUUUAAAUAUACAUCAGCAAACAAAAAGCAUCAAAAGUUACUACUUUAUUCAAACAUCAACUUCAAAAAUGCUGUGCUCUACGCUGGUAUUGCCAUGCUUAAAGGCUGGCAUUUUCCUUCAAAAGAUGCAAACAAAAAGCAUCAAAAGUUCCUACUUAAUUCAAACAUCAACAACAAUGCUGUGCCCUACGCUGGCAAUGCCAUGCUUAAAGGCUGGCAUUUUCCUUCAAAAGAUACUCUUUUGGUUUGUACAUUUCCCUUUAUACAUUCUUCGGCUCUACUGCAGUUUAUGAGUCCAAUCACGCUUUAUGAGUCCAAUAAAAAGUUUAUGAGUCCCAUCACAGUUUAUGAGUGAAAAAAAACUGAUUACUAGCUUCUCACCUUUUUAUAUCGUUCCAUUUUCAGCCUUGAUCUGCCUACCUACCCCAUAACUCACAAAAAUCUGAUUGGCCUCAUAACCUUUUCAUUGGACUCAUAAACUGCAGUAGAGCCUAUUCUUCUCACCUUUUUAUCAACCUUUUGUUUACCAAAUAAAGAACUGAUUACUAGCAAGGAAACAUUGCUUAGUGUCAGUUUUUGGACCAUUCAAUAAAGGAGCUUCGACUUCCUAUUGGGAAAUGAUAACAGUUUCCUUGUACACAUUUCAGUGUGCUUGAAGCGUUAAAUUACAUCCUUUUUUGGCAAUAUGUCGGUUUUCAUUUCACCAUUUUUGAGAUAAUUUUUAUUGAAGCGAAAGCAUGAAAGAAUACAGUAAUUUUUGGCGCAUUCGAUUUUGAUCAGUUAAAAAAUUUAUAUUUCGGAUUAGGAGACAGUGUUUUAGACUGGUAAUUCCCCCAUCGUACCUAUUGAUUUCCCUCUUUUUAGUCCGC